CAGCAUGUUUGGGUGAUUCACUACCGGUUCAAAGGUUCUCAACGUGGCUCCUGAUGUUUUCCAGCGUGUUGAGUUAAUAGCAAAGAAAGUUUACUGACUGGGAGGCAAAACAGCGGUAAAAAUGGGUGAGUUCAAGGUGCACCGUGUUCGCUUCUUCGACUACAUGCCCGCUGCUAUCAGAGCCAUGGCGUUUAACAGCCGCACCGAGCGGCUCGCUGUGGCCCGGGCUGAUGGAGCUCUGGAGAUCUUCAACUUCACUGACAACUACUUCCAGGAAAAGGUCAUCCCGGGACAGGACGGCAGAGCAGUUGAGGCUCUGUGUUGGGUGGGCCAGCGUCUGUUCAGCGCUGGUUUGAAUGGAGAGAUCACAGAAUAUGACCUGGAGAACCUGAGGCCCAGGUACACAGUGGAGGCCUAUGGAGGACCAAUCUGGACCAUCAGUAGCAACAGCCAGGGAACACUGCUAGCGGUGGGUUGUGAGGACGGAACAGUGAAGAUGUUUGAAGUCCUGAAGGAGAGGAUUCAGUUUCAAAGAAACCUUGACAGACAGAAAGGUCGUAUUUUAUCUCUGUCCUGGCAUCCCUCUGAUACAAUGAUUGCUGCUGGCAUGAUGGACAUGAUCAGAAUCUUUGAUGCUGAGACAGGCCACGCCACACAUAGACUGCUGGUGGAGAGAGGUGUUGGAGCAUCUAGGAACAAAGAAGUUGUCGUUUGGAGCAUUUCCUUCCUGUCGGACCACACCAUCAUCAGCGGUGACUCUGCAGGAAAGGUCCAGAUCUGGGAUGGACUCACAGGAACUCUGGUCAGAACUCACUUGAUCACUAAGUGGGACGUUCUGGCUCUGGCUGUCUCACAGGAUGAGAGCAGUCUGGUAGCUGGGACAUCAGAGGGCACGGUUGUCCAGUUUCAGUUCAUCUCCUCUACUGUUGACCAGCAGGAUAAGGAAUGGGUCCGAACUAGGACCUUUAAAAACCACUCUCAUGAUGUGAGGGCGCUCGCCCACACCGAAACUGCUGUGGUUUCUGGAGGAAUGGACACCCAGCUGGUAGUGCGACCCCUGUUGGACAAGGUGGAGAAGAACACCCAGGAGUCAGCACUACGCAAAAUAGCUUUCCCACAUAGAAGUCUGGUUUGCUGUGCAAAGAAAGCAGGACUGCUGCUCUUCCAGUUCCCUGAUCAUUUAGAGCUGUGGAGACUUGGGGAGAGUGAGGGACAUGGAAAGCCUGGUGACAGUCUGCCUGUGAAGAGAAAACCAGAGAAACUGAUCCAGCUGAAGCGGAAGGGAGAGGAUCAUAUCUGCUGCAGUGCUUUGUCUCCAUGUGGAGGCUGGCUGGCGUACUCUACUGUCACCAGCUUCCGUCUUUACAGAUUACAGAAUGACAACAUCAACAUCAGCAUCACCAAGGUGUCCAAACUACCUAAGGAGCUUCGCUCAGCCCACCAGCUCUGCUUCUCCUCCGACUCCUCCAAACUGUUUGCUUCCUCUAGUCAUUCUUCAGUCAUUGUUGUUGCCCUCAACCAGUCAGAGUGCAAAUACCUUCAUACCCUCAAACCCAAAUCAGGCUCCAGACAGUCAGUCCACCUGCUGUUUGCCAGUCAGGAUGGCAAAUGGCUCGCUACAGCAAACACAGACUGUGAGAUACAUGUCUACAACCUUCACAAGCUAAAGCUUCAUUGUACAGUUCCAGUGUACAGCUCCUGUCCGACUGCCAUAGCCAUCCACCCAACAACCAGCAACCUGGUUGUGGUCCACGCUGACCAGCAGAUCUAUGAGUACUCUCUGGUGCAGAAGGAAUACACAGAGUGGAGUCGGAAGCUGCAGAAGCAAGGACUGCACUCUCUGUGGUUAGAGAGGGACACGCCCAUCACCCACGUCACCUUCAGUCCUAAAAAUCCAGCUCACAUCAUUCUGCACGACACGUUCAUGUUCUGUGUCAUUGACCAGAAUCUGCCCCUCCCUGAAGCAAAGGCUCUUCUCUACAAUCAGAUGACACUGAGGAGUCUUCCUGAGCCAGAGAGGAGUCUUCACAGCCACGCCUUUAAGAUAUGCAAGAACUUCCAGCAUCUCAUGUGUGUGAGUUUAUUGGAGGACCAUUCUCUGGUUGUAGUGGAGCGCCCCCUGCUGGAUAUCAUGUCUCAGCUGCCUGCACCUGUCCGCCAGAAGAAGUUUGCUACAUAAAGUGAAGAUGUCUCAGCCCAGUGGAUAGAAUUGUUACCUCACAGUAACUUUCACAUCUGGAAUCAUUCUCCAAAAGUGUAACUGUGUCCCCAUUUUGUAAAAAAUGCUUUGAUAAAGUAAUAAAUAAAUCAGUUUACUAUUAAUGUUUGACUAAG